AUGGUCAAAGCGAAGAAGUUGUUACUCAAGCACGCCAAUGUUUUAUCGUCAAACGAAGCUGACAUAGGAAAGACUGGCUUAGUUCAACACAAAAUAAACACAGGACAAGAAUUGCCUAUUCGUCAGCGGCCAAGAAGAUUGCCUGUAGCACGUGAAAAGGAAGUGGAAACCAUGAUUGAGGGAAUGGUGAAGGAUGGUGUUAUUGAACCUUCAUCUAGUCCAUGGUGUUCACCUGUGGUGCUGGUAAAGAAGAAGGACGGCAGCAUGCAGUUUUGUGUUGACUACCGCCGCCUGAACGACGUUACGAAGAAGGACAGCUAUCCCUUGCCAAGAAUUGAUGACACGCUGGACAUGCUUACAGGCGUAAAGUGGUUUAGUACGCUGGAUCUGAAAAGUGGCUACUGGCAGGUUGAAAUUGACCCUAAGGACAAGGAGAAAACUGCAUUCUCCACAGGAAAGGGUCUGUGGCAAUUUAAAGUCAUGCCGUUUGGAUUGUGCAAUGCUCCAGCAACGUUUGAAAGGUUGAUGGAGCUUGUACUUACCGGGCUAAUUGGAGAUGCCUGUCUGGUCUAUUUGGAUGAAAUCAUCAUCGUAGGCCGUACGUUUGAGGAACACCUUCAAAACCUGGAACGCGUGCUCAUGAAGAUCCAGAGUGCCAACCUCAAGUUGAGUUCAAAGAAGUGCUCACUAUUCAAACGGCAAAACUUUGCAGAUAUAGCCAAACCUCUGCACAAGCUAACCGAGGAGAAGCGACAUUUCUGCUGGGAUGAAAGUUGCGAUAUUGCAUUCCAGGAGCUCAAGAACCGUCUGUGCAAAACACCUAUUUUGGGGUACCCUGAUGCGGGCAAAGAAUUCAUAGUUGACACAGACGCAAGUGAUAUAGGACUUGGCGGUGUAUUGUCUCAAGGGAAUGGUGAUCAAGAGAUUGUGAUAGCGUACUUCAGCAAGUCGUUGUCAAAGCCGGAAAGGAACUAUUGUGUCACAAGACGGGAAUUGCUUGCUGUGGUAAAGUCCUUGCAGCAUUUUAGCAAAUACCUCCUGGGGCGGAAAUUCUACUUACGAACUGACCAUGCUGCACUGAAAUGGCUAUUGCAGUUCAAAAAUCCGGAAGGACAAGUUACGAGAUGGAUUGAACUACUACAGGAAUACGACUUUGUGAUCGAACAUCGCAGCGGGAAAUCUCAUGACAAUGCAGAUGCAUUAUCAAGAAGACCUUGCCCUGAAGAUUGCAAGCAUUGUACUAGGCAAGAGGGUAAAGAAGUGGUAUCUGCGAGGCUAUUCAGGGCAGACCAGCUCAGCAAUGAAUGGAAGGACAGCCUAUGCACAGCAGGAAGAUUCGGACAUUAA